UCAGCUGUAGCGAAUGAGAAGAAAAUAAGGAAACUAUAGGAAAGGAAAGAGGAAUGUCAUCCUGAAGAAAUCGAAAAAUCGCAUAAAACCUUGGAAAAUGCGUGUUUAUAAUGAAUUAAUUAUAAUUGGAUAUUUCGAUAAUUUGCAUUGAGAAAGUAAAAUCAUCUAAUAUAUGCUAUUAAAAAUAAUUAUUAGUUCGUUUUGAUGUGUAUCUUUUCCUAAGGGGACAAAAAAGCGAUCGAUCAAAACAAAACGCGAGAAAGGUGUUUCGUAAAAUUAAUAAAAACUAAAGCCUUGGCAAAAAUUCGUUUUUAUAAGUUCCUUUAUUAAAGAAAUAGAACUAUGUAUUUUGGUAAUCACAAGCCCGUAAAAAUGACGAAACCAUCCGCACAACAAGAGAGUUCAUUUUCAAAACAACAGAAGAAAUAUAUUUGCAUAAAUUGUGGGCAUCCAAUAGCGGAACUGUAUAGGAAAUAUACAAAUACUGCGAUCAAAACAAGUCAUUGUGAAAAAUGUCACAAAGUAGCGGACAAGUACAUCGAGUUUGACCCGAUAAUAAUCUUGGUGGAUGCAAUGCUGCUAUCACAGGAGUCUUACCGUCACAUGCUGCAUAACCGGAAUUUUAAGUUAAAUUGGAAAUUGUCCCUUGUGCUGUUAUUGCUCGAAUCGUUUGCACUAUGGAGACAAAAGGGAAUCGUAGUCAGCUCACAAAAAGAUGUGUUGCAACAUGAAAUCAUUAGCGAGAAGGGUUUCUAUAUUUGCUGCUUACAAAAUAUGAUAGAUUACGUUAUUAUCACACUAAUUUUGUUGAUUGUAGCCUGUGUACAGCGUCCAGCACUAAUUUCGUGUACAGGCAUUAACAAAUUCGCUGUAAUUCUACUAAAAGCGAUCACUAUAGCAAAUUUAUCAAAAAUGUUUCUUCUACCACUUAUUGUAUGGCGGGAAAAUACUACAGAUCUGGGCGCUAAUAUACAUCAGUUACUCGUGCUGGGCCAUCAUCUAUUAGCUUUGGUGUAUAUUUAUGCUAUAGUAGGAUCUUUUAAAAAAUUACAAGCAUUUUUGAUCAUAUUACCUGCUUUUGUAGUAAAAGAAUAUAUUAAGAGCAAUAUUUCAGUUUACUUGGAAUACUACUUUUGAAUAAAAUAAGUGUUGAUCAAAAAUAGGAAAAUAUUUGUUUUUCGACUACAAUUAAGUAAAAACAUGUACGGCGUACUGCAAUUUUUUUGCAUUCUAUUUCAAUUUACCACAUUUCAACUCACCAAUUUCUGAUCAUACAUACAUCAAUAUGCACGCAACAUUUUUC